CCCGGCGCUUCGUUUAAGUCGUUACGUGGCAGUGUUAGCUGUGCUCCCAUCUCCUUUCCUCAAUCUCCGCUGGAACGCAAACUCCACCUCCGUAAUCCGGUGGCUGGCCGAGGUUUACUAGGUGUUCUGUUUUCUGUGUGUAAUAAAAGUAAUAGCCGGAAAAAAAAAAAAAAAAAAAAAAAAAAAAGAUGUUUACCUUGUCAGAGAUCGUUGCCCUUGUAGUCCUCUUCUCCAGCACGGCCUCAGGUUACUUUGUUAGCAUAGACGCGCACGCCGAUGAGUGCUUCUUUGAGCGGGUCAACUCCGGUACCAAGAUGGGCCUCAUGUUCGAGGUAGCGGAAGGAGGCUUCUUGGACAUCGAUGUGGAGAUUACAGGGCCUGACGGUAAACAGAUUUAUAAAGGAGACCGAGAAUCCAGCGGGAAGUACUCGGUUGCUGCCCAUAUGGACGGGACGUACAAAUUCUGCUUCAGCAACAAAAUGUCAACCAUGACACCCAAGAUUGUGAUGUUCACUAUUGACAUUGGAGAGGCUCCAAAAGGGCAGGACAUGGAGACGGAAGGCGGUGGCGAUACCUGGGAUGCUCACCAGAACAAGUUGGAAGAGAUGAUCAAUGAGCUGGCGGUGGCAAUGACAGCAGUGAAGCAUGAGCAGGAGUACAUGGAGGUCCGAGAGAGGAUACACAGAGCAAUUAACGACAACACGAACAGCAGAGUGGUUCUUUGGUCGUUCUUUGAAGCUCUGGUACUUGUAGCUAUGACCCUUGGACAGAUUUAUUACCUGAAGAGGUUUUUCGAAGUGCGAAGAGUUGUGUAAAAAAAAAAAAAAAAAAAAAAAGAAAAAAAAACAAAGUUUCUAACACGUUUCACAAUUUACCAAGAUCUUUAGUCACAACAACUAUUACUUCAGGUUUGAAAGCCAAGUUUAUUAGACUUUCAGAAGCCUUUACAUAAUUUGUUUUUUGUUUAUUUAAUUCCCUUUAGUUUUUUUUAUGCUCUUCUGUAGCAGAAGUUACAAUAUAGUUUCUGGCCACUUGCAACUUCUCUUAUUAAAGAUUAAAACUGCAUCUUUAAAUUCAAGCCAAGGUUAUCUUAAUGUUUCAACUCUUCAUUGUAUAAUACAGCAGUAUAUAUUUGGGGAUUGUUUUGGUUUUUUCUGUAUAACAGACACCAAGCCUUGCAGUUUUGAAGUGGCUGUGCACAUUAUCAGGUUUUAAUCUGGGAAGGUUUUAAUUUGAAUCAUUUGCAUCAUUCACGAUCGGUAAGUCGUUUGCUACAAAACUUACCAAUUUUAUCUACACAGUGCAGGAAGAAAGUUCAUUCACAUUGGGGGGGGGGGGGGAUUAGAGAGACAUAUUUACUGUUUUAACCUUUCCUACAACUAAAGGAUUCUGGUUUUUGUUACAGUUCAGGUUCAGUUCAGUCAGUUGCCUGACUAGUGGUUACUGCGAAGGUUACAACUUCACAACAUACUGCAAAUGGGUUCAUAUAGUUGUCUAAAACUGAAGAAUUGAUCACUUUACCCAGCACUGUCUGAGGAAAUCCGAAAAUGCUGUAAAGUCCUGGUGGGGCACAUAGGGUUAAAUAAUUGAUAUAAUGUUCUUUUCUUUACUGUGGCCUUUUGAAAAGGACCUUACAAAUACUGUAAUGUAUACAGCCACAGUUUCAAUUCCUGUUCUCCUUAUUGUCUGUUUCUAUUUGGCUCUUGUACAAUCUUUCACCUUUCGAGAGACACACAGGGAUUUGAAAAUGUGGGGGAUGGGGGAGACUUUCAUUUUAGUAUCUUUAAUGAUGGGUUUAAAGUAGUCAAUAUUAGUUCAAGGUCUGGGUGUGGAUCAGGAAAAUGUGACUGGUGUAAAUUUAGUUGCUUGUACUUUUUUUUGUCUUUUGAAGAAAAAGAAAACUUUAAAAAUGGCAACAUGAUUUUGUACAAAUUAAUUUACUAUUUGUUACAGGUAUUCAUGUUCAAGAUAAACUUGUAUUACUUCGAGGGAAACAGAUGUUAUGGAAAUAUUUUUCUGUAACAUUUUGACACCUCAGAAUACAAAGCGAAGUUAAAAAUGCUGAUGUUUGUCCCUAUGACCCAGGUUUAGUAAAUAAUAAACACAACAUUCUUUAAAAAAAAAAAA